UUAUGAUUAUUAAACACCUAUAUCGUCACACUUGUUCACUUCGUCACAUCUGGUUUAAAUCAAACAAGACAAACAAGCAAAUCAGUUACUUAAUAAAUUAACAAGAAGGAAUAUAUUGAAUUGAGAAUUGAAAUUUGUUUGGGCAAUCAUGGUGUAUAGACCAGGCAACACUAACGUGAUAAUUAUAAUUUAUUGGACGUUCUACCUUUUUGUAAUUUCUGCAGGUCAACCCAAGAUUCCUUGUACCUUCCCUUGUGAUUUUAUAAAUAAAACGUUUGAUGUGUAUUCUCAAGCAACAGAAUUCAGUGUGAGUUCUUAUGGUAGUUGGACUUUCAGUGCUGACAAAUCGACAGGGACAUAUCUUAAUAUUAAUGUAGACUGUUUUCAAAUAUCGGAACAGUUCCUUGUUCUCAGACUAAGCGAGUCAUCAACGACAGAAGAAACUGAGUUUUUAUGUUUCCCAGUCUUCUACACAGUUGGGCAAUCAUUCUUUAAAUAUCUGAGUAAAGGAGUUGUCUCGAAGCUUUCAAAUAUAAGUUCAGCCUUAACUGAGUCUCAAUUGUGUAAGAUUUGUGAUUUAAGUGGUUUUACAACGUUAGCAGUAGCGUCAGUACCAGAAUCAGUUACUCCCGUUGUUUGUGAAGUUCCAUCAUUCUGUCAACCAAGUAAUAACAUACCCUGUCCAGGAGGAGGAAGUCUUCCAACGGGAUGUAGUGGCAUGACUACGAAUCCAACAACGACUACUACUACAAACACACCAACCACGACCACUUCAGACACUCAAACGACUAUUAGAACCAAGAAACCAUGUGGGAGGAGGAGACGCAAGCACAUAAAUGGACAUUGAAAACAGUAUAUGAAUGAUAAAAGAAUUAAACAAAACCAACCUAAAAUGAAUAACAUGACUAUUUUUAUUUGUCUAGAAUAACAACCAGCUUUAAUUUUGUCAACGACAAUUAGAUUACAGAGCAGCUGAUACUUUCA